GCACAGGUCUCGGUUUCCCUGUCUGCGCAGUGGACGCGCGGGCGGAGCCGCGGGCCGGAUCCGGGGCACGGGAGUUUGGGCCGCUUGUGUUCAGGCUGUGCUGUGUUGUUACCCGGAACCGGGCGUUGGUCUGCUUGGGCCUGUUUCCCCACUUUGCAGGGGCGGGGCGUGAGGGGAUAUGCGAGCCCCUCCGCGCUCGUUUUGCUGAGCUUGUGCCACCAAGUUAAAUUCUGUUAAGGACUUGGGUGGAAUGGCGGCGCCUCUCCGCCUUGCCAUGUGACCUUGGGCAGCUGAGUCCACCUCUGUGAGCCUUAGCUGCCUUCGGAGAUGAUAGUGUCUGCCUCAUAGGGAGGGUUGGGGAUUAAAUGAAGUGCUAUUCAAGUGUUUGCUCAUAUUCUUGGAAGCACCGGGGAAGCCCUUGUUAAAAUGUUGAUUCCUGGGGCUGGCCCGGUGGCGCAGGCGGUUGGGUGCGCGCGGUUCGGAUCCCGGGCGAGCACCAACGCAGGGCUUGUCAAGCCAUGCUGUGCUGGCGUCCCAUAUAAAGUGGAGGAAGAUGAGCUGGGAUGUUAGCUCAGGGCCAGUCUGCCUCAGCCAAAAGAGGAGGAUUGGCAGAUGUUAGCUCAGGGCUGAUCUUCCUCAAAAAUAAAGCUGAUUCCUGAGCCCCGCCCUAGGACUUCUUCCCACUCCCUUUGAAGAAACAGCCCAGAUCCUUAUCACAAUUGGCUUCAGUCCCCACAGAUAGCGCUGUGAAGUGCUGAUUCUUUGUUAUUCCCAUUUUCUGGGUGAGAAAACCGAUUCAGGGAGGUGAGGUGAUUCUUCCAAGGUCACACAGCCUCCCUGUCUGUGUGUUUCCCUCAUAAAGGUAUUUGGAGCAGGAGCCAGAGCCCUUGCUGGGUCAUUUCCACCCUGUGUGUGGGCCAGACUAGCUGUUAGUCAGGGAAGGCUUCCUGAGGGAGACAGCUAGGGUAGUGGGGAGUGUGCCCUGAAUCCUUCAGCCCUCAUAUCUGGCAGCUGGAGAUGAGAAAGAGCUGUACUUUGCAGCAGAAUGGUUUCCCACUGGUCCAGAACCCUGAACCUGUCAGGCUCUGGCUGUGGGUCCUGCCACAUGACUGCCCUUUGAGCGCAAGUGUCCUGUUUAUACAUGAUCAUGCUUCUUCAAAAAUCGGAGACUGUGAGUGUCCAGACCUGGCACAUAGUGGGAGCUCAAUAAACAUGGCGAUAAUUGGAUGAGGAGAGUUUCACCAGGCAGCGGAGGAGGAGGAAGAGAUGGACACCCCGGACUCGGCCUCAAGGGUCUUCUGCAGCCGCAUCCUGAGCAUGGUGAACGUGGACGAUGUCAACGCCAUCAUCCUGGCCCAGAAGAACAUGCUGGACCGCUUUGAGAAGACCAACGAGAUGCUGCUAAACUUCAACAACCUGUCGAGUGCCCGCCUGCAGCAGAUGACUGAGCGCUUCCUACACCACACGAGGACCCUGGUGGAGAUGAAGCGGGACCUGGACAGCAUCUUCCGCAGGAUCAGGACGCUGAAAGGGAAGCUGGCCAGGCAGCACCCAGAGGCCUUCAGCCACAUCCCAGAGGCGUCCCUCCUGGAGGACGAGGAUGAAGACCCCAUCCCGCCUAGCACCACAACAACCAUUGCCACCUCAGAACAAAGCACGGGCUCAUGUGACACCAGCCCCGACACCGUCUCGCCCUCCCUCAGCCCCGGCUUCGAGGACCUGUCCCACGUCCGGCCUGGCUCCCCUGCCAUCAAUGGCCGCAGCCAGACGGACGACGAGGAGAUGCUGGGCGAGUAGCCCUGCUCCCAGGGGUCUCAGGGCAGUGGCAGCACCCCCAGGUGCCUGAGGUGGUAGCGGGUAACCCUGCCUCAAGAUCGUCAGCUUUGCCGUGAUAGUCUGUCAUCCAGGGCUCCAGGGGGACAAGCUCCUUUCCGGGGUAGUCAAAGUCCUGGGGGGUUUGUUCUUCUCACUCCUCCCUCACCGAGAACACCUCUCCUCUGCAGACCCCUCUGCUGGGCCGGGGGCCAUCACCACAGCUGGAGUUGUUGGACUGGGCACAAAGGAGCUUUUCCAGAUGAGGCCUGAGGUCUGCUCUG